AUGGUGACGGCAGAAUUCAGCAAUUCAGCUGGUAAUGAAGCCACUUCGCGUGGCAAUAUUGAUCCGGAUUUUAUGCAACUCCAAUCUUCAGAUCACCGUGGGAUGGUGAUGGUGUCUGCCUUACUUACAGGCAACAAUUAUUUUGCUUGGAGCCGUGCUGUUAAAAGAGCACUCACAGCAAAAAUGAAAAUAGACUUCGUUGAUGGAACAGUAGUGCGACCAGCUGCAAACACAGCUGAGUUUAACAGAUGGAAUCGCAUAGAUUCCGUGGUCACUACCUGGAUUUUGAAUUGUAUGAAAAAAUAUUUAGCACAAUCCUUCAUGUAUGUAGGAUCUGCUCGAGAGCUUUGGAUUGAGCUAGAAGCUCGAUAUGGGGAAAGCAACAACCCCAUGAUCUAUCAGCUGCAAAGGGAAAUUGGGCAAGUUACACAAGAAAACAUGUCUGUAACUGAGUAUUAUACUAAAUUGAAGCGACUGUGGGACGAGCUUAUGUGCUUGGCACCAGCACCAAAAUGCAUAUGUACAGGUUGUACAUGUGGAGUGAAUAAAGCCAUGGCAGAAAUGAGUGCAUCGAAUCACUUGAUACAAUUUUUGGUUGGUCUGAAUAAUGUAUAUGACCAAGCUAGAAGCCAGAUACUGCUCUUAGAACCCGUGCCUACGGUUACCAAAGCUUACUCUAUGUUGAUCAGAAUAGAAAAACAGAUGAACUUGAACAACGUAGAAUUCAACAGUGGUGCAGCUUUUCAUGUUAAAGGCUACAAUUAUAAGAAGAAACCUGCUUUUGACAGAAGGCAGGUGAUAUGUGAGCAUUGUCAAAGGAUAGGGCAUACAAAGGACUCAUGCUUCAUGCUGCAUGGAAUACCAGAUUAG